CAUAGUCGAAGCCUACCGCGAUAGCCCGAUUGAUGUAUAGGCGCCGGUAGAUCGUUUGUCAAAGCGUUGUGUCUCGGAUACGCGAUGGCUUUGGGUUCAGUUAAGGAAUUCGAUAUGUUUGCUUUCUGUCCGUGUGGCUUAGACUAACUCUCUACAAUGUUGUUUGAUGCUCCUUAGCAAUGGUCACUACGGUAUAGGUCUGGUCUUGGAAACAGACAGAAGGAAAGGGUUUUAGUUGGAGCACCGUUCGCUCAAUCUAUCUUUCAAAACGCCAGCAUGGUGUACAGGGGUGGAGCAGUUUACAGGUGCUCAGCAAGGGGAGAUAGCAGUUGUGAGGAGGUACCAUUUGACAGACAAAAUAAUGCAUAUUAUAGAGACAGCAUGCUUGACGAUAAGAGUCAGAGGUGGUUGGGAGCUACACUUAGUUCAUCAGGAGUUACUGACGGGCCUGUUGUGGCUUGUGCUCCAAGGUACAUUUGGUUUACCAAGGAUCUCAAUAGGCGAGACCCUGUUGGAACUUGUUUCGUCUCAAAUGGAGCCUUCAACAGCUUUGAGGAGUACUCACCUUGCCGGACAAUGAAUUGGGGCUACCACAGGCAAGGCUCAUGUCAAGCAGGAUUUAGCGCAGGAAUAAACAAGAAAGGAGAUCGGCUAUACGUCGGAGCACCUGGUAGCUAUUAUUGGCAAGGCCAAAUGUACUCGAUUGACGCACAUGCGAAAUUCAACUAUACGCCCGGACUAUUUGGAAAUCAGGGCUACGGCGCCAAAGGUUCGGUUCACCAACAGAGCUUGGAGACAAGGUCAGCAGUGUUUUCGACAAGAGAGGGUAGCGCUCCAGAUGAUGACUCUUACAUUGGCUACUCCACUGUGGUUGGGCACUUCAGGAAGGGAGAAGUGUAUGAAGGGAUAGCUGUGGGCAUGCCUAGGGGCAACAAGCUGAGGGGAAAGAUUCUGCUGUUUAGUUGGGACCUGAAAAACUACAAGAACAUCACAAUCAGCGAGCAAAUUGGUUCAUACUUUGGGUACUGCUUAUCAACAGCUGAUGUCAACGGAGAUGGUUUUGUAGACAUAAUUGUUGGAGCCCCCAUGCAUACCGUACCUAACAACGAGGGCAAAUAUGAUGUUGGAAGGGUUUAUGUUUUGUAUCAAAGCAGUAACUUGUUCGAAAGCUUUGACAUUUCCCAUCAUAUUGACGGAAUCAACACCAGAGGGCGUUUUGGACUAUCUGUGGCUGGUUUAGGUGACUUGAAUCAGGAUGGAUUUGAUGACUUUGCUGUGGGAGCUCCAUACGAUGGUCCAAAUGGCAACGGAGCUGUCUACAUCUACUAUGGUUCCAAAGAUGGAGUCCACAAGAAGUUUGGCCAAGUGAUAUAUGCAGAGGUCAUUCAGACUGGAAGUCGGUACCUCUCAACAUUUGGAUUUUCAAUUGCCGGAGGUCUGGAUUUGGACGGGAACGAAUAUCCUGAUAUGGCUGUUGGAGCAUAUCUUUCGGACUCAGCAUUCUUCUUUAGGGCAAGGCCAGUUGUCAAAGUAGACGGUUUCGUAAGAUUCCAAACAGCCAACAAGCAAAUAGAUAUCAAAGAGAAAAACUGCAGACUAUCUAAUGGCCAAGAUGCUACUUGUACCAUGAUUGAUUUUUGCAUUAAAUAUAGCGGCAAGGGUAUUCCAGAUCAAAUAGACCUCUUGGUGCAAUAUAUUUUGGACACAAAAAAAGAGAAUACACCUAGGAUGGCAUUCUUUGACAGACCUAGGCAAAGUUCCUUCAAUGAAACAUUGAGACUAUACAAAGACAAUAGAGACUUUUGUAAAUCUCAGAAAGUCUACGUCAAGGCCGAUUUGAGAGACAAACUGACCCCACUGGAAGCCGAAGUGAAAUAUUUCAUGGCAGAAGAGGUAUAUGCUGGCGCUUAUCAACAAACCAGGGAUCCCAAAUCUAUAUUGAGACCUGUCAUUGAUCUGAAUAACCCACCAUCAAAGAAAGAUUCUGUCAGCAUUCAGAAGAAUUGUGGACCUGAUAACAUCUGUAUCCCCAAUCUUCAUGUCAACGUCACAUCCAAUGUAGAAAAAUACUACCUAGGUUCCGACAAAGACCUCGAAUUUGACGUGAUAGUCUCGAACUUUGGCGAAGAUGCUUUCGAAACGACUCUCGAAUUAAAAUAUCCCGAACGAACCUACUACAAGAAAUUCGAAACGAGAAAGCACAUGCCUGGAAUAUCCUGCAGUCCUGGAAAGAACAGGACCGUCAUUUGCGAUGUUGGAAAUCCUCUGCCUAGUGGAAAAAUUGCUAUUUUCAAAUUGGUUGUACAACCAGGCAAAGCAGAAGGAAUGGCGCCCACCUACGAAUUUGACGUUUUUGUGAACAGUACUAACCCCGAACCAGCUAACACACUUAGGGAUAACCACCAACAUCUUUCGAUUGGUAUCUGGAUCAACGCAACUCUGGACAUCCGAGGGGAAUCCUAUCCUUCGACGGUAUAUUACAACGAAUCUUUGUACACUUCUCAAAACAUCACCAGAGAAAUCGAAAUUGGACCUGAAGUGACUCACGUCUAUUAUCUGACCAACAGAGGACCUGCAACUGUUCAAGAAGCUGAAGUUUUUAUUUUGUGGCCUUUUGAAACACUGGGAGGUGAUGAUCUGCUGUAUCUGUUGGACCAGCCACAUACACAAGGAAAUUUGAAGUGUGACUUUGUACCAGCCGUCAAUUACAGGCAAUACUAUCUUGAUUACAUUAGAGCACGUGAAGUUUGGGACAGGCUGAAGAUAGAUAUAUCCGGUAUUGAGCAAUUCUGGUCUGCAGAAAAACAGACCAGUGAAUUUGGAAGAGGAGUUUCUAGUGGUGUGGGGGUGAUCAACAAGAACGUGGGUGGAGUUCCGACAGGAGAUUCUUCUGGAAUUUUUGAGGUUCGGCACAACCAAACAAGCAGUUUCAGCAGCUCAGGCCGUAUCAACCCACGCGGCGAGAUCGAAACAACCGAGUCCCGACUGAUCACAACUUACCGCGAUGGCGUGCCCUACAGCAGAUGGGAGAAUAGAACCACCAUCAAAGAUGCCCACGGGAACGUGCUCAGGACGUUCAUGAACUACGACAACACUGAUUACCUCCACAGCGGUUCCAGAAUCGACCAGGGGGGACCCAUGGUCAAUCUCGGGACCAUCAAUGCCGCUGGGGAAUAUGUCCUUGUCGAGUCGCAGUAUAACACCAGAUGGGUGGAUGGCAAGCCUGUUACCGAGUGGCAUAAUGUUACAACAGUCAGGGAUCAUCAAGGGAAUGUGAUAAGGACGUAUACUUCGGAUUCUGAUGAUGCGGUCACCUAUGGGUCUACAUUGAGGCCUGCCUAUUCCUCUACUGCAGACAUAGAACGUAGAAGGCAAGAAGAAGAACGUUUCAACGAACAACAAGAACGACUCCGAAUCGAAAAUGAACGACAAGAAGUCCUGCGACGUCAAGAGCUGCACAGGAAACAGCAACAGCAGGAAGAAGACCAAAGGAUACGAUUAGAGGAGUCAAGAAGGAGGCAGGAAAAAGAAGAAGAAGAAAGAAGGCGGCUUGAGAGCAGUAGAGGGAUUCAUGUGGCUCAAGAAGAGAGGAGAUUAAGAGAAGAGGCAUUGAGAAGGCAGAAAGAUGAGGAAGAGCAGAGGAGGUUGAGGGAAGAAAUGUUGAGGAGACAGAAGGAAGAAGAAGAGCAAAGAAGGCUGAGGGAGGAGACAUUGAGAAAGCAGAAAGACGAACAGGAACAAAGAAGGUUGAGAGAGGAAGCGCUGAAAAGGCAGCAACUUGAGGAAGAACGUAGAAGGUGAGAUCAGGGCUAGGAUCUGGGCCAAAAACAUUUUCACAUCCAAUCUUCAAACUGUUUUUUGUGAACUCUUGGAGAAUAAUUGAGACUGCUGAUUAUUACAAUUGUCUUCAAAUAAGUUCACUCGUUCUUUCAACGUUAUAAUAUCAAUAUCAUAUUUCACCAGAAGAUAUUUAACUCAAUUCAAAGCCAGGCCAGCGCAAAAACGAUUAUAUCGUAUCGUGGCACCGCCAACCACUUAUGCUUACAAAUAUAUACGUGUCGACCACCAGGCUUAGGUGCUAGUGUUGUCAUCUCUCCGACUUUCGUCACAGGCUAUGGGUUUUCCUUUUCCAUCCUUGAGAAACUGUUAUUCACUUGAAACUUGGUGUCAUGUUUAAGAAUAAACAAUUUUCUUUAAAAUGACAAUUAAGUAUGUAAACACGUUAAUCAAUGGUAAUAUUUGUCAUUGGCAUUUUUUGUGAUUCCUGACUGUUUCAAAUGAAGGUAUGAAGAAGAGGCUAGACGAAGGCAUCAGUCAACAGUUAGCCAAACAUGGCGGCAAACUGAAGAUGAAAGGCGAAUAUAUGAAGAAAGCAGAAGGCAACCGAGCAAGUUUGGCGUGAAAACUUCCUGGCAAACUGAAGACGAAAGAAAUGCCUAUGAAGAAGAGGUGAAGAGGAGGCAGCAAUCUGGAGUGAGUGCUACGGAGAAAACUGAAGAAGAAAGUAUUAGGCAAGAAGAAGAUGACGAAAGGAGAAGACAGUAUGAAGAAGCAAUGAGGAAGUACUAUGAAGAAGUUAGAAGGAGAGAAGAAGAGACAAGGGCAAGGGAAGAGCACGCUUAUGAAGUUGGGGGUGGACCAAGAGAAGGAGGUAUUAGUGCCACAACAGCAUCUUCCCGCCACUACGCUGCUGGCAGCACCGCUUCCGGCGGGUACUACGAUGAACAAGGUGUCUGGAGGCGGUAUCCAGCUGGCGCUCACCAUGUUUCCUUCAACAAAACCUACUCGUACGAGAGCAGUACGACCAUUCCCAUCGAUUUGGCAGUUGGAGGAGGUAGAGCAGGAGGUUUCCAUGCUGGUCUAGGUGAGAUGGCUGCAGGUUCUGGAUUUACCAUCCAGACUUUGGAUUUGGGAGCAGGAGGCUAUGGUGCAGGAGUUACGGAGUCCUAUGGAGCAGCGCAUUCAGGCUCAGUAUCCAGUAGCUCAGCAGGUUCUCAUGGAGCAGCAGCUCAUGGAGGCCAUACUGGUGGUGGAUAUAGAAGAGAAUGGAAAGCUGAAGGAGGCUAUUCGUCAAGUGGUAGCAUACCUCCUGUUUAUCACAAUAGAGUGGAUAGAGACAACGUACCACCGAACAGCGAUGACAGUAGUGGAGAAAAAUUCCGGGUUAGGGGAAGGAGACAGGUGGAAAACGAUCCUUACGAAGAGAUGAGAAAAAUGUUGCAAUGCAACUCAACAAGAUGCGUGUAUAUGAGGUGUACAGUUGGCACGUUGGCCAAAGACAAAGAAAUUGCAAUCGCCUUGAGGUCUAGACUGAAUGUGAGAGCUGUGAAAAACUUGACGACAGAACAGGGAAUCAAGAUCUCGUCCAUGAUGGUGGCUCGCAUUAGCAAGUUGCCGUAUAUAGGCGAAAAGACAGACGAGUUCCGAAGUCACGAGAUCUUCACUGAAAUUCCCGCUCAGGAAACAGAGUUGGUACCGGAAGUUGCGCCAAUGUGGAUUUACAUUAUAUCAGCUAUAGCGGGAGUUGUUAUGCUGUUGUUACUCAUUUGGUUGCUCAGCAAGUGUGGAUUCUUCAAGAGAAAUAGGCCAUCUUCAGCCCCAGAACGCCAGCCACUGAACAGAAACGGUUAUCACAGCGGAGACGAAGCACUUUGAGAAAAGCCUGCUCCUUAAGGUGCAAUUUGAAAUAAAAAAGGACUGUAAGGAAACUUUUGUUCCAUUGUUCCAGCAAAUCGAUGGAUAUAUCUAACUAGUCAAGUUUUUUAAGGAGAUUAAUGCAUUUUGUAGCUUGGUUUUGUGUACGGAUUUUAGCAUGUAUCAUGUGUUUUUUCGGUUAUUUCAAAUUGAUCUAAGAUUGAUCGAAUUACAGGUUAGCAUAAUAAAAUCCCUAUACAUGUAAUAUCAGGUCGCGAAAUCAAUGUCAAUCAAUAAGUUUCCCUCUGUUCUUUCUAACUUUGGUAGCUAAUAAAGUAACUGCAAAUGUGGCGCUAUGAACUUAGAACCCUGAAAAUAAUAAACUUUGUAAUGCCACUGCCUCUCAUAAAGACUAUAGAAUGCGCUGUUGUCUAAUAUAUUUUUGAGAUUUUGGAAUGAGGUGCCGAACUUAAGAAAGCUAGACUUUUAUGUUUAGAUGGUUUAAGUUCUGUAGCAAGUGUGAAUGUGUUUAGUCGAUUGUUUUAAUGCGAUUACUUCUCGAACUGUUUUUUUCAAAUAUUAACGUGAUUUAAAAAUGAUUCGGGAAGCUGUUUUGAUAUUUAUUUUUGAUAAUUGUCCAGGUUAGCGAAAAUUGGACGUUUAGUGUGCAAACAUUGGAAUUUGAAAUGUACUAUUUACAAGAUGUUUUUUGCAAAUGUUAGAUAGGUCCAAGGAUAAGGAGCUCCCAUCUUUUAAUUUACUGUAAAACUAAACAAAAAGUUGUCUAUGUAUGAGUUUCAUAACUGCUUCCUAAUGUGAGUAUAGUAAACUAAAAUUAAUUUGCAAAUUAUAUCAAUAGCGAUAUCCACUGUUUAAUGAUAUUACAGGGUGAUGGAAUCAAUUUUUGCUUAAAUUCACCCUUUAAAAAAUAGUGCCAUUUUGACGUCUUCUUAUCGUUAUUCAUUUUCUACUAAAAUCCGUUAAUUCAUUAACAAAAUGUAAAAAGCCAUAAUACGUGCCCUAAGUAGAUUAGAUCGUCGUUGUGCCUUUCUUGCAAAGGAAAAUAUGGCAUACAGCGGGCGAUCUCUUCCUAGUACUUGUUUUACGUAUAGAUUUUAUUGUUGUAUAUUAUUAUUUAUUGAGAUAUAUUUAAUAUUUGUUGAUACGCAAAGUCGAAGUGUACUUACCGUGAUCAUACUGCCACUGGAAUGAAUUUUGGGCAUUUCUUUAUCAAAAUUGGGAUUUCUGUAUUCAUUUGAAAAUCAUUAAAUUUUUGGAAAUUUUGACAGAACUAGCAGCGCCGCCUCCAUACGUUGAUAUGAAGAAAUGUUAACCAUACUUUAAGGUUUUUGUCACUUUUAUUCGCUGAUUUUUAUUAACCAGGUACAAGUGCUUAAAAUUCAUUACUAAUGCCUAAAAAUUAUUCUCAAGGAGUUUUCACAUAGUUGCAUAACUCUAUAUUUUAUGUUGAGCUGAAAUGGUGUGAAAGCCUCUUAAUGUUUGUUGAGCGGAAUCUCACAUUGUACAUUGUAAUUAUUUUUAAUAACUGAUGUAACAAACUGUGAAUAAAUAAUUUAAGAAAUUGAAUAAAUAUUAUACAAAAAUGGCGCGAUUUUCUUCUGAAGUACCAUAUGGAUGAACAUCACACCUGUUUGAUAAAAUGUUGCCACUAGGAUGAACGAAAACAUUUGGAUCAACAAGAGAUUCAAAAGUGUAUAAUUUUUACUUCGCACGCCACUGGCGAUGAGGUAUUGUAUUGCAUAUUUAGCAUGAUUUUGUGAGGUGAUCCAAAGCUUCUGCGAUAUAAACGUUCUGUAGUUCUUAACUUUUCUAUAUGACAUGUACUAUACAGGGUGGCGCAUCGUAAACGAAACAGAUGCAUUUACUGGCAGCUCAGUUUUUUUUUGGAAAAACGCUCAGUCCCGUCGAUUUUGCUUUCGAGGGGGAUACAAGUUUGGCAAAAAAUCACGUUAACACGUGCAGCCCCCUGGGCGAGGGUGACACCAACCCCAAAAUCUUAAAUGGAAAGGGAGGUCGAGUGAUACCUUAUUUUAAAGGUCUUUCAAUUCC